AUGAAGUUCACCUCCACCAUCGCCUCCCUCAUCCUCGCCUUCGCGGCUGGCACCACCUCCGCUGCCCCCUUCCCCGGCGGCAACAUUGAGCUCCUCGACGUCUCCAAGCCUCAGGGCGGCAACGUUGAAGUCAUGGACCUGUCCAAGCCCCAGGGUGGCAACGUUGAGGUCAUGGACGUUUCCAAGCCCAAGGGCGGCAAUGUCGAAGUCAUGGACGUCUCCAAGCCCAAGGGCGGCAACGUCGAAGUCAUGGACGUCUCCAAGCCCAAGGGCGGCAACGUCGAAGUCAUGGAUCUUUCCAAGCCUCAGGGUGGAAAUAUCGAGGUCCUCGGCGCCUUCGCCAAGGUCUGCCGCGACAUCAUGCUCACCAACCGCAUCGUCAACGGCAAGCCUGUCUACUCGGUUCGCGCCAUCUGCCCCGACUGGAUGGAUCAGAACUUCAAGACCGAGCUGCAGCUCAACCGCUGCCUGAUGAACGAUUUUGGCCACCUCAAGUGGGCCAACCUUGGUCACUUUGACGACUCUUGCUACGACUGCAAGCUUCUCUCUGCCACUGACGAUGUCAAGAUGGCCUGCACCUGCGCUGUCGGCGCCAAGGGCACCAUUGGCACCACCAUUGCUCUCAACGAGGGCAUCCGCAACCAGGGCGGCGCCAUGUGGUGUGGCACCCAGAUCGGCACCCGCGUCCCUGCCUGA